AGCGCUGCGUUGUUGCCAAGAUACUGAAAACAGAUGGCGCUCUUCAAGACGUUGUUAUUGCUGGAUAACUCUGCACUUCGAAGAUUUUGGAUACCACUUGAAUGAAGCCAUGGCAGAAGACGAAACACAAUGCAAGAAUCUAGAAGGUGAUCCAGAUGCUGAUGAAACUGGAGAGGGUAAUAUGCUUAAUAAUGAGACGGGUAACGUUAAUGACAUCCAGGUCAUUGACCUUGAAGAAGCUGAUCAAAAUACCAGUCCUUGUCACCAACACAAUGGUAGUAAUAGCCAAAAAGUUACAGAUUCAGAAGGAUUGAUGAAUAAAGUGUUAGAAUACAAGGAGAGGGAGGCCGAGACAAAGAAAUAUCAGUAUCCACAUAAAUCGAGUGAGCUCCUAAGAGAACUGAAUGGCUUCAGGAUUGCAGGAAAGCUUGUGGAUGUGACUUUGGUGUCUUCAGAUGAAAAAGAGUUCCCUUGCCACAGAGCUGUCCUUGCAGCCAGCACCCCAUACUUUGAUGCAAUGUUCACCGAUGAUCUUCAGGAGAGUCGCAGCGAUCGUAUCGAACUGACCAACAUCAAAGGCGCGGCGUUGGAAUCCAUCAUCCGUGCAGUUUAUAUGUGUGAUGUAGAUAUCAGUAGCGAUUCAGUACAAGACCUUCUUGCCACAGCACAUUUUCUGAACUAUCCCCAUAUCCUAGAAUCUUGCUGCCAGUUUUUGGAAGAUUCACUGGCACCACAGAAUUGUCUGGGGAUCGUUGAGCUGGCAGAGACCUACGUCUGCGACAACCUCCGGACUCGGGCUUGGAACUAUGCUCUAGAAAACUUCAGAGAUGUUUCAUCGUGUCAAGAGUUUCUUCAGUUAGAGGCGUCUGUCUUGGAACGCCUUGUUACUUGCGAUGAAUUAAAUGUUUCUGGAGAGGACGAGGUGCUUUCAGCUGUGCUUCAGUGGGCUUUGAGUGAUCAAGCUCAUAUUGAAUUUUUACCACCUGUUCUAGCAAAAGUGAGACUCCCUCUUGUCAGUGAUGAAUAUCUAACUGGAGCUCUGAAUGCACACCACUUCCUACAUGGCAGUGGCAAGUGUCUCUCACAGAUUAGAGAUGCCCAGAACCUGAAAGGGCUUGCGAGAAACGGAAGACGACGGGAUCAUGCCCUGCUAAAACCAAGACAUUCCAUGAGGACCGAGGUAUUGGUAGUGGUUGGUGGUAUGAUAGAUAAUAGAGAAUGGAUAACUGAUGUAUCUAGCUUCAACCCAAAGACUAACCACUGGUCUCCUAUGGCUAACCUUCCAUUUGACCACUCCGACUAUGCAGCUGCUAGCGUUGAUGAUGCUAUUUAUGUGUCUGGUGGCUUCCAUCGCACCAAGGGAACUAUCUCAGAAGUAUGGCGUUACGAUGAGACACACGAUAGAUGGGCUCUGGUUCAAGACCUGAUACUGCCGCGUUUUAACCACACUUCCAUUGGACAUGAUCACCAUAUUUAUGUGUUAGGUGGUGAGGAUGGUGAUAGCUCCCUAACUGAGAUUGAGAGAUACUCUCCCGAGUUGGAUAAAUGGGAUAUCAUUGGCUCCAUCAAUCCAACUGGAAGCGGGAUGGCUGUCGUGGCCCUUCGCAACAGACUCUACAUCAUUGGAUGGCUGACCAAUGUGAGGUUGAUGUGUGUUGUGCAGUACUUUGAUCUGGAGACCUUGGAAUGCUCCACCAUCCCCAGCUCAGGACUCAACCGUCAGCUCUUCCCUGCCGUUGCCCUUAACGACUCCAUCUUCAUCCUGGGUGGGAACCGCAUGAAGGAAGUGGCCGUCUAUGACCCAGAAACAUUCACUUCCACCAAGGCAGAGUCCAUGAAAUUCAAGAGGAAUACACCGAGUGCAACGGUGGUAGGAGGAAAGAUCUACGUGACUGGAGGUGAACUGAGGCAGCAUGUAGCUAAGGUAGAGUCCUAUGAUCCCUAUCUUGAUCUGUGGGACAUUCUGGAGCCCAUGCCACAUGCUGUAUGCUUUCAUGGAUGUGUAAUGAUCAGGAAGUACCUAGGUCCACCAUAUCAGACGUGAAGUUCUGACAUUUUCUGUAUGAGGGCUUGUUCAGAAUAAGCGGAAUAUUUGUUGCAGCCUGUAUCUGUACCUCAUUGGAUGGUGGACUGAUGUAAGGUAUUAAAAACGUAUAAUUAAUGUUGUUCUUGGCUUAUCCUUCUGUGGCAUGUGAGGUGGGAAAGAAAAUGAUUUACCAGGCCGAUGUGUAAUGUACAAAAUGGAUUUGUAUUUGACGUUUUGAAUGUAAUCACUGAAGUUCACAGAUUUGCUACAGCAGGCUACAUUUUGGUGCAAGUAAGAACUACCGGUAACCUUAAGUUUAUGAUAUGUAGAUGUCUGAUAGCCAUAAGUCCAGCCAUUCCCACCCAAACAAAAAGAAGAGGAAGAAAGAAACAGCCAAUUUAUCUGCCCAGAUGCAAAAUGUGUUUUUGAAGUGUUGAUUUUUUUUUCUUCAGGAAAAUAAUUUUGAUAUAUGCAUUCAUUCUAAUUUUAUCCUUAAUUGUGUGGAAUCGCAGAAGUUACUUAAUACCUUCACAGUAGAUUUCUAAACGAUUCCCAUGGUUUUCAUUUUUUUUAAACAUCAGUGACCUUUACGGUCACCGUGGAUUGCUUUCUUACUUGAUUAUAUCACAUCGGAAAAAAAUAAUGUUAUGUUUUCCCCAACAAAGAAAAACAAACCCACUGUUAAUCAUAGCAUAGGUUAACAUGCAAAAUAAGACAAUGUAAUAAAUCUGCUUUCAUAGGGAUUUGCGAAUGAUGAUUCUUUACUUUGCAGAGAGGUGAUUGUGUGUACUUCCAAGGGAUUUCAGGACACUUUUAAGAAUACUGACUGUACAAUUAGGGAGUGGAAGUUUUGUGAUCAUUUAAUUACCAGUAUAUGAAAAUUAAAAAGUCAUGUGUGGAUGAAGUUAAUAGUCUUUAGGCUAUUAUCGUAUGAAAUUCAUUUCACACAAUCACCCAGCUAGGUGAAGUUAGUGCUACAGUUAUGAAAGUUUCCUUGCCCCCCCCCCCCUCGGAGUAAAACAAAAUUACCGCUAGAUGGGUUUCGACAUAUACUGCAAUUCUUAUUGUUAAUGAUCGAGUUCCAGGUGUUGCCCAUAAAUCAUAUAUUUUGCUUCAGUGCUGUUCAACUUUCCAGGAUAUCAAGUUUAAAAAAAUUAAAAAGGGGAUAUGAUUUCUGCAGAUUAGAAUUAUUACUUAUCAAUAACAAUCAAAGAAAUUCAGCAUAUUGAUUUGACAGCUAGUUUUCACUGCUUUUUGAGAUUUAAAAGUAUGUAAAUGAUGGCUUCAUUGUAUCAUUCUUAAAGGAACUUGGUAACAUUGUUCAGAUGAGAGAAAAUGGUGCUAAGGUAGUGAAUUCAAUGCUAGAUGUACAAUUAAAGAUAACCUGAAAGUUUGAGUGGAGAACUUACCAUUAUUAAUGAUAAAAAUUGGGAAAAACUUAUCUGAUCAAUUCCUUAAUUCUCCCAACUAUAAGUACAGUAGAAGGAAUAUAAUGAGUAACAUUUCAUACAAAACUUACAGUUUUUUCAUCAAUGUUACCGAGUCACUUUAAUACUGCAAGUUGGUGGUAACAAGGAUGAUAUAGAAGGAGCUGUUGAAUAGCUAGCAUGAAAACUCAACUUUCUUGCCAUAUGAUUGAAUUUGUAACAAGUUCAUUAUUCAAUAAAGCAUGUGUAUUAAGGACUUUCUUUGUAUCUUUAAUGUAUUAUUUUGGGCAAGUUUAUCUUUGUUGCACAUUAUCAAUACAACAAUAUAAAGUA